AACUUUACCAAUAUGGACACCUCCACUGGUCAAGGACUAGUUCCAUUUUACUAAUCAGGGAUGCUGAACAUCUUUUAUUAGUUUUAAAAACUAUGUUUGUACAUUAUAUCCAAUUUUUUUCCCCACUAUUAUUCUAAAAACAAUUAUACCCUUAUUUAUCAACUGUUAGAAUUUAUUUUGGGGGGAAAACAAUCAUGACUUCGUAAUUUAAAUGACCAUUCCACCCCUAAUUGGAAUGUGUCAUUAUUUAUUAUAUAAGAGAUGAAGGAAAAAAAUCGCCAUCUCAAUUCCAAAUUCGAAGACUUCAAGAGGCACGAUGUUCAUGUUGAUAGCUAUUCUGGUGAUACAAGUUGAUGCGCGGUGCGGGGUGACAGAGGGGGUAGUGCAGUGUCGAGACUGGAGGGAGAUUGAAGGGGGGAACUACGUCAUGACCAACGUCCUCAUCCUGGAGAGGGCCAUAGGAGAGAUACACAUUGAGGACUAUCCAGCACUGACCAGGCUGAUCAUCCACGACCAACAAGCCAGUUGCAACGACAUAUCAGCGAACCCCUGGACGACAGUGCGCAUAGGUUCCCUUACUUGUCAGAACGCCCAGGACAUCAGUGAACCCAAAGACGUUGCAAUGACCACCCUCAGAACUGUUGAAUUGGCAGCUUUUACCUUCAAGGCCAUGAAGUACUCGUGCGAGCCCCCACACCUCCCCCAGUCAUGCCAGCGCCCCAACCAGCGCCACUCAGACGCUCAACCAGGCAGAGGCGCCCACCCAUCAGACUGUCAUAUUGAUUUGUUUUUGUAA